CCCCACUUCAAUGCCUCCAAUACGUACCAUUCAAGAUAGUUUCCAGUGUUGAGAUCUCGCAACGAACAACCAUCAUGGACCAAGCAAUUCACAUAAUCGACCCAGACGGCGAAGUUAUAAUAGUUCUACAGAAUCCAAAUGCCCCGUUUGCAGAACUAACUGACGGUCGGACCCGCGACAGUCUUGCGUAUACCCCUUCCGGGCCAAGCGAUGAAAUCCAGAACUCGGAGGAAAGUAUAAAAGCUUCGAGAAAAGAGCCGAUCGGAACCCUCAAGAAGAAGAAGAAGAAGAAGAAGGUAAAGGAGAUAGGGCUUAAACCUAAAUGUCGUAUUGUUCCCAAUACAUCCGAAUCUUUUCACUUGGUCUCUGAAAAGUUGGAGCAAACCUGCUUUCGCGUCCAAGUCUCCGCGAAACAUUUGAUCCUCGCCUCCUCAGUCUUCGAGAAAAUACUCACUGGUGGGUGGAAAGAAAGCAUUACCUAUCUACGAAAAGGCUCAGUCGAAAUUACUGCGGAUAGCUGGGAUGCCGACGCGCUCUUAAUUAUGCUUCGCAUUAUACAUUGUCAAUCCCACCAAGUACCGCGCAAAUUGACCCUUGAGAUGCUCGCGAAAGUUGCUGUUUUGGCCGACUACUACGACUGCAGGGAGGCUCUACUCUUCUUCACAGAUACAUGGAUCACCGCUCUGGAUGAAAUCAUUCCCGCAACAUACUCUAGGGAUUUGAUUCUCUGGUUAUGGGUUACCUGGUAUUUCCGCCUCCCCGCCAAGUUCAAAGAAGUCACCUCAAAAGCCAUGUCUUUAAGUAACGGCUGGAUUGAUAAUCUCGGGCUCCCAAUUCCCGUGGCAAUCUUGCGAUCGAUGAAUGAUAAAAGACAGGGAGCGAUCGCUGGCCUAAUUGCUCGACUUGACGAAACGCGCGAUGGACUUCAAGACGGCAGUAAAGGGUGCGGCUUCGAAUGCAGCUCAAUCAUGUAUGGGGCACUGACAAAGGAAAUGUAUCUGAACAAUCUGCUCUCGCUGAGGCCUGUAGCUCCUUUCCCGGAUUUGAGCUAUAGAUCCCUCGUGCAAAAGGUGUCAUCUUUCAGAUCGCCGGCCUGGUACAGUCACAAAUCAUAUAAUCCCAGUUACCGACACGAUUGUGUUGAUUCCACAUUCGAACUGCUUAUUGGCGUGUUGGAAGAUACUAUUGAGGGCCUUGACCUGAAAGAUUCUGUCACUGUAUAG